GUCAUUUGCAACAUCCGGUUAAGCAUCAGCGCGGCAUCAUGAAUGGGAGAAGGAAAACACAGUGAGGAGAAUGAUAAACGAUGAUGCCAAAACCAUGACUAAUUCAUUGACUGAAUCACCCCAAAUCUGAAUUCCAACCAUGAAUGAGCCAGACAUCUUAACAGAAGUCCCAGAGACUUUGAAGCGCUUGGCUCGCUUGGUAACCAGAGGUUUCUACAGUAUGGAACAUGCCAUAGUCAUAGACUUACUGGUACGCAACCCCUGUAUGAAGGAAGACGAUAUAGCGGAACUUCUUAGGUUUGACCGAAAACAUCUUCGAGCACUGCUUAACACACUUAAAAAUGAAAAAAUUGUCAAGAUGAGGAUGAAGGUUGAAACAGAUGCAGAAGGUAAAAGUACAAGACAUAACUAUUACUUCAUUGGCUAUCAGGUAUUUGUGAAUGUAGUUAAAUACAAACUCGAUCAUGUGCGACGCAAAAUUGAAAUGGAGGAGAGAGACAAUACAAGUAGGGCAUCCUUUAAAUGUCCGUCCUGUUGUAAAUCAUACACAGACUUGGAGGCUGACCAGUUAUUUGACUUUAUGAGCCAGACUUUUAGGUGUACCUUCUGUGAAUGUGAAGUGGAGGAGGAUGAAAGUGCUAUGCCAAAGAAAGAUGCAAGAACCUUGUUGGCAAAGUUUAAUGAGCAGAUUCAAUCUGUUUUUGACUUGUUAAAGGAAUGUGAUGACAUUAAGCUGGCGCCAGAGCUACUGGAACCUGAACCAACAGAUAUCAGACAUCUCAGAAGCCAUAAUGCAAGCAAGCAAUCAAGUAACAAAGAAGGUGAUUCAAGGAUUUGGUCUGGGGAUGCAACCCGAGGAACAGGAUUUGGAUAUACUGACAUGGAAAGUAAUGUUACCAUUACCAUGGAUACAGAGGAGGAGGCUCAGAAACGAGACAAACAGAAAAUCAAGGACCGUCCAGAAUGGAUGGUCAAGAGCACAGUACAAACUACAGCUUCCAGUGAUGUUAUUGAUUUGCCGGACAGGAUGGAUGUAGCUGGGCCAUCUGGAUUGGACCUUCCCAAACACCCCAAUACCAACGAGAUAGAGACCUUGUUGAUCAUACAUGAGAAGAAGAGGAGUGGUCCGCCCUUACCUGGGGCUUCAGGGACCCAAGGGGCUGACAGCGAUAGUUCAAGUAGUGACUCGGAGGAUGAGAAGACCAACAAACCAAAACCAACGGCAGCAGCAGCAGCAGUGGAGGAGAUGGAAAGUGAUGAAGAGGAAUCCAUCCCAACAGUUAAUGUUAAUGGUCAUCCUGUUCCUUAUCAUGAGGUCACAAGUGACAUAAUGGCUAAGAUGUCUCCUGCAGAGAAGGAGGAGUAUAUUCGUCUAGGACAGGAAAUGUACCAGGACAUGUAUGAGUGAUGAGAGUGUAGGUUAAGGACAGAAAGUGAACCAGGACACGUAAGAGUGAUUUUUGUUGUCUGUCCAGGACAGAAAAUGUGAUAGGACACAUAUAAGUGAUGUCAUUGUCAGUCUAGGACAGGAGAUGUACCAUGUAUAAUUGAUUUCUGUCCAGAACAGGAGAUAUACUAAGACAUGUUUGAGUGUUUUCUGUUGUCUGGGUAAAGGACAGGAAAUGUAUCAGGACAUGUAUGAGUGAUGUCUGUUGUCUGGGUAAAGGACAGGAAAUGUAUCAGGACAUGUAUGAGUGAUUUCUGUUGUCUGGGUAAAGGACAGGAAAUGUAUCAGGACAUGUAUGAGUGAUUUCUGUUGUCUGGGUAAAGGACAGGAAAUGUAUCAGGACAUGUAUGCGUGAUGUCUGUUGUCUGGGUAAAGGACAGGAAAUGUAUCAGGACAUGUAUGAGUGAUUUCUGUUGUCUGGGUAAAGGACAGGAAAUGUAUCAGGACAUGUAUGCGUGAUGUCUGUUGUCUGGGUAAAGGACAGGAAAUGUAUCAGGACAUGUAUGAGUGAUGUCUGUUGUCUGGAUUAAGAACAGGAAAUGUAUCAGGACAUGUAUGAGUGAUUUCUGUUGUCUGGGUAAAGGACAGGAAAUGUAUCAGGACAUGUAUGCGUGAUGUCUGUUGUCUGGGUAAAGGACAGGAAAUGUAUCAGGACAUGUAUGAGUGAUGUCUGUUGUCUGGAUUAAGAACAGGAAAUGUAUCAGGACAGGUAUGAUUGAUUUCUGUUGUCUGGGUAAAGGACAGGAAAUGUAUCAGGACAUGUAUGCGUGAUGUCUGUUGUCUGGGUAAAGGACAGGAAAUGUAUCAGGACAGGUAUGCGUGAUGUCUGUUGUCUGGGUAAAGGACAGGAAAUGUAUCAGGACAUGUAUGGGUGAUUUCUGUUGUCUGGGUAAAGGACAGGAAAUGUAUCAGGACAGGUAUGCGUGAUGUCUGUUGUCUGGAUUAAGAACAGGAGAUGUAUCAGGACAGGUAUGCGUGAUGUCUGUCCAGGACAGGAAAUGAACAGGACAUUUUUGAGUAAUUUUUGUCCAGGACAAGAUAUGUACGAAGGACAUGUAUGUGUGUUGUCUGUCUUGGACAAGAGAUGUACUAGAAUACUUAAGAGUGAUUUCUGUCUAGGACAAAAAUUGCACAUGGACAUGUGUUAGUAAUUUUUGCUCAGAGCAGGAGAUGUACAAGAAUAUGUAUGUGUGAU